AUGACGCCCAAAGAUAAGAUUCCCCCCCACGAACCGCGUUGCUGCCAUCCCAAGGACGGCACCCCAACAGCCGAGAUCCCACAAGAUUCUCAGCCGAACUUCGAACAGCAGACCAAACUAUCGAACAGAAAACCAAGAAGCACUCUCAUUCCCUGCGGUAUGAUGCCCGUUCAUCGUGAUAGAAACACUUCACGCAAUAUUCAAAACGGCAAUGCCGGCUCCUUGGGUGCCGCCACUACCGCUGCUCCGCCUGACAACAGUCUGCCACUUGACAGAUGGCUUAGCCAGACAAUGGCAGAUGAGCCUUACAACACGCUUGGCUUUGUGCAAGCGGUUGGGGAUCUGGAUCAGUGGUACACUCCAUCCCAUGACGAUGCCCCUUGCCGCCUUGACGCGACAGCCGCAUCGGGAGCGGAUCAGGAUCCGUCUCAGAUGGAUGUCGGCUACCACAAGCAGACUUGA